AUGGACCCCAGCCCCUCCGCCACCACCAGCCGGCCCCACCACGGUGGUCGCGAAGACUGUUGGAGCGAUGGCGCCACUAAGACACUAAUCGAAGCCUGGGGUGACCGUUACAUAAAUCUUAAUAGAGGUAACCUCCGUCAAAAAGACUGGAAAGAAGUCGCCGACGCCGUCAACAACCGUCAAAACGGCGUCAAACCAAAAAAGACCGACAUCCAGUGUAAAAAUCGAAUCGACACGUUGAAGAAAAAAUACAAGAUCGAAAAAUCCAAACCCCUCCGGCAACUUGGCAGUUCUAUUACCGUCUCGACUCUCUCAUUGGCACUAAUAUCAAAGACAAAGCCUAAAAAAGAGGUUUAUUCAGGCAUGGCAAGUUCUCGUGAGAGCUCUUCUGGCGACGAGGAGGAUGAUAUGGCGUGGUUUGAUGAGAGAGUGAAGAAGAAACGGCAUCGAAUGGAAGAUGUAGAUUUAUCUGAUGGAGCUGCGUGUAGGGAAUUAGCGAGAGCGAUAUUGAAGUUUGGAGAGAUAUAUGAGAGAAUUGAGAGUUCAAAACAGCAGCGAAUGAUGGAGUUGGAAAAACAGAGAAUGGAGUUUACUAAAGAACUUGAGUUUGAAAGGAUGAAUAUGUUUGUUGAUGCUCAAUUGGAGCUCAAGAAGAAGUCUUUCAACCGCCAUAAAUUUGCAUCGAGUUCAGGAGGGCUUUCAAAUUUCCAUGAUGCCAGUUCUGAUGCUUUAAUGCGCGACACUGUUGGCUCUUGA